GUCUAAUAAAUAAUAGUGUCUAAAAUAAAGUGAAGUGAAAAAUGGCUCGUACUAAGCAAACUGCCCGUAAAUCGACUGGUGGCAAAGCACCACGUAAACAAUUAGCUACAAAGGCUGCUCGCAAAAGUGCACCAGCUACCGGUGGUGUUAAGAAACCUCAUCGUUAUCGCCCUGGUACUGUAGCUUUGCGUGAAAUUCGCCGUUAUCAGAAGAGUACUGAAUUGUUGAUCCGCAAAUUGCCCUUCCAACGUUUGGUUCGUGAAAUUGCUCAAGAUUUCAAAACUGAUUUGCGUUUCCAGAGCUCCGCUGUUAUGGCUUUGCAAGAAGCCAGUGAAGCUUACUUGGUUGGUCUUUUCGAAGAUACCAACUUGUGUGCCAUCCAUGCUAAACGUGUCACCAUUAUGCCCAAGGAUAUUCAAUUGGCCAGACGUAUUCGUGGUGAACGUGCUUAAAUUUGACAAUAAUUUAUUUCUACUACACAAUGAAAAAAAACAUCAUCGUUGUGAUGUAAUGUAAAUUUAAAUACAAAAAAUCGGUCCUUUUCAGGACCACAAAUUAAA